AUGCACACUAUAUCGUGCCUUCCUCCACAGUGCUCGGUUUUCUCGGCCGAGGCUGCAGCGAUCUUCCGUGCCGCUACGACGCCAGCCAACAAACCGAUACUUAUAUUAACUGACUCACACAGCGUCGUUCAAGCGAUCACCUCGGAAGUACCAAAACACCCAUGGAUAAAGGCGAUUAUCAAAUACGCCCCACCGAACACCGUGUACACAUGGAUUCCCGGACACUGCGGAGUGCCAGGUAACGAGUCUGCUGAUCACCUUGCCGGAGCCGGGACAUCGGGUCCCAGACUCACCAACAAGGUACCCCUACAGGACGUCAGACGGUGGAUCAUGCGGACCAUUCGAGCGGCAUGGGAAGCUGAGUGGUUCCGCAACAGAACUGCCUUCAUCCGCAAAGUAAAAGGGUCAACUAAAUCAUGGAGAGAACUCGACAACCUGAGGGAUCAACGCGUGAUUUCGCGGCUUCUAACCGGGCACACCAAACUCUACUAUAACUAUGGUGGCCUGCCGUUCCGCAGAAGCUGCAUCAUCUGUGGGGUACCCUACACCGUCGAACACAUCCUGUGCAACUGUCCGGAGUUUCAAAAUCUUCGGGAGUCACUCUGCCUAACUUCCAGCAUCAGCGAUCUGCUCGGUAAUGAUACUUCGGCCUCGGCAGCACUAGUUACCUUCUUAAAAGAAGCCAAAAUCUACCACUUGGUAUAG